AUGUCAGUGAAGGCGAUUAGUGAGUUCGAUGCGAAGCGUCUUGUCUGGAACAAUAUCGACUUGCCAUGCGUGGCAAAUAAGAAUCUGGCGAUAGCAGUGAAUCCCGCCACGGAUUUCAGUGCACUUAGGGCCUCCCAUUCAUGGGCGCAGGACAGCUCUCUCGUGGCCAAGCCUGAUCAAUUGAUUAAGCGAAGAGGCAAAUUAGGACUUGUGAAGGUGAAAUGCUCGCUCGACGAAGCGGCAGGCUGGAUUGCCGAGAAACAGAAGGAGCCCUUUACGAUUGGAAACACGAGUGGAAAGCUGAAGAACUUCAUCAUCGAGCCGUUCGUGGCGCACGAGGAAAAGGAUGAAAUGUACAUCCUCUUCCAUCACGAGGGAGGAGUCGACAUCGGCGACGUCGAUGAUAAGGCCGUCAGCUUGGACGUUGAUGUCGACCAGGCUAUUGAAAAAGCCGAGGUCGAGGAAAAACUGUUGGGCGGAGUGAAAGAUUCGGCGCAGAAAAGCCUCGUCGCGGAAUUCAUUGUUGGGCUAUUUUCUGUCUACAGAAAGCUUUACUUUGCUUACAUGGAAAUCAACCCUAUUGUUGUCCGAGACGGGAAGGUUUUCAUCCUUGAUUUGGCCGCCAAACUUGACCAGUGCGCUGAGUACAUUUGCUCGCGGGAAUGGGGCUCGAUAACCUUUCCGCCCCCAUUCGGACGUGAUGCCUUUCCGGAGGAAAAGUAUAUUGCCGAGCUCGACGCUAAAUCCGGCUCAUCAAUGAAGCUAACGAUCUUGAAUCCAAAGGGCAACAUCUGGACCAUGGUUGCUGGCGGCGGCGCUUCCGUCAUUUACAGCGACACAAUUUGCGAGCUCGGCGGAACUUCGGAACUCGCCAAUUACGGCGAAUAUUCUGGCGCGCCCAGCGAGCAGCAAACUUACGACUACGCCAGGACCAUUCUUUCCCUCCUCACGAGACAUCCUCAUCCAGAUGGGAAAAAACUCAUCAUCGGCGGCGGAAUCGCCAACUUCACCAACGUCGCUGCCACAUUCAAGGGCAUCGUCAGAGCACUCAAGGAAUACCAGCUCCAACUUCAAGAGCAUAAAACUCAGAUUUUCGUCCGCAGAGGUGGUCCAAAUUACCAGGAAGGUCUACGUGUAAUGAAAGAGCUGGGCGACACACUGGGCGUCCCCCUCCACGUUUUCGGUCCCGAAACGCACAUGACAGCGGUGGUGGCGAUGGCGCUUGGCCAACGUGCCACCACCACCGCCUCGCGUUCUAAUCAAUCGCGAGCGAGCACCACCGCCAACUUCUUGCUCUCAACAUCGUCAUCAAACGUUCUCGGCAGCGGCGCCGCUGGUUCAGGAGCUCAAACUCCUCAAAGCCGAUCGCGCGCCGGAACUGAUCAGGAAGAAAGAAAAGCAGAAGCGAGCAAGGAUUUGUUGAAAACAGCUGUUUCCAAGGCGCAAAGUUUAUUUACAAAAGACACGCAAGCGAUCAUCUGGGGCUUGCAGAAUCGCGCUGUACAGGGAAUGCUCGACUUUGACUUUGUUUGUCGAAGAAAGAAACCGUCGGUCGUCGCCUCGGUUUAUCCAUUCGUCGGCGAUCAUAAUCAGAAGUUCUACUGGGGCCACAAAGAAAUUCUGAUUCCCGUCUACAAGAACAUGUCCGAUGCUAUCGCCGCUUUUCCAAAGGCUGAUGUUGUUAUCAAUUUUGCUUCGCUUCGAUCUGCCGAGGAAGCAACUAAAGACAUUCUAAAAUACCCUCAAAUUCGUACCAUCGCCACCAUUGCUGAGGGCAUUCCUGAGAACAAGACAAAACUACUCAACAAAAUGGCAAAAGAGCGCGGCGUCACCAUCAUUGGUCCCGCAACAGUGGGUGGAAUCAAGCCCGGUUGCUUCAAAAUUGGCAACACUGGUGGAAUGCUCGAUAACAUCCUGGACUCGAAGCUCUAUCGACCUGGAAGCGUUGCUUACGUUUCUCGAUCUGGGGGAAUGUCGAAUGAGCUGAACAACAUCAUUUCCAGAGCGACAAAUGGCGUGUUCGAGGGAUGCGCAAUCGGAGGCGAUCGCUAUCCCGGCUCCACCUUCCUCGACCAUUUAAUCCGCUACCACAACGAGCCAAAAGUGCAGCUCCUCGUCCUCCUCGGCGAAAUCGGCGGCUUGGAAGAAUACGAAAUCAUCAAAGCGAAGGAAAACGGAUUGAUCACGAAGCCCGUGGUCGCCUGGUGCAUCGGAACGUGCGCCAAAUUAUUCGGCUCCGAUGUUCAAUUUGGCCACGCUGGAGCUUCGGCAAAUGCCAAUGCCGAAACUGCAGUGGCCAAGAACGAGGCACUCAGAGAAGCGGGCUUUUGCGUUCCGACUUCAUUCGAUGGACUCGGCGAUGCGAUCAAAGAAACCUACCAGAAACUGGUCGAAGAAGAAAUCAUCGUCGAAGAAGAAGAAGUUCCACCGCCGACAGUGCCGAUGGACUACAACUGGGCUCGAGAACUCGGGCUGAUUAGGAAGCCCGCGAGCUUUAUGAGCUCAGUUUCGGACGAACGAGGACAGGAGCUAUCCUACGCUGGUGUUCCAAUUUCGAAGGUGUUCGAAUCUGACAUGGGAAUCGGCGGAGUUCUGUCGCUGCUUUGGUUCCAAAAGCGCCUCCCUCCUUACGCCGCCAAGUUUCUCGAGAUGUGCUUGAUGGUGACUGCCGACCAUGGCCCCGCCGUUUCUGGAGCGCACAAUACAAUCGUCUGCGCUCGUGCCGGAAAAGACUUGGUGUCAUCGCUGACAAGUGGCUUGUUAACAAUUGUAAGUAGAUAG